AUGAGAGAAUGGAUCCUGCUCUUAUCUAUGCUGCUCUGUGGCCUGGCUGGCCCCACACAUCUAUUCCAGUCAAGUCUGGUGCUGGACAUGGCCAAAGUUCUUCUGGAUAACUACUGCUUCCCUGAGAACCUGAUGGGGAUGCAGGAAGCUAUUGAGCAAGCUAUCAAAAGCCAGGAGAUCCUAGGCAUCUCAGACCCUCAAGUGCUAGCUCACGUGCUCACAGCCGGGGUACAGAGCUCCUUGAAUGACCCUCGACUGGUCAUCUCCUAUGAGCCCAGCACCGUUGAGGUUCCCCAGCCAGCCCCAGCACUCCGCAAUCUCACACAAGAGCAACUGCUUGUCCAGGUGCAGAAGAGCAUCCACCAUGAGAUUCUAGAAGGCAACGUGGGCUACUUACGCAUGGAUGACAUCCCAGGUCAGGAGGUGGUGAGCAAGCUGGGAGGUUUCCUGGCUGCCAGCGUCUGGACAAAGCUCAUGGGUACCUCUGCCCUGGUGCUGGACCUCCGCCACUGCACUGGGGGCCACGUUUCUGGCGUCCCGUAUCUCGUCUCUUACCUGCACUCAGGGAACACGGUCCUGCAUGUGGACACCAUCUAUGACAGACCCUCCAACACCACCACUGAGAUCUGGACUUUGCCCCAGAUCCCAGGAGAGCGGUACAGUGCUGACAAGGACGUGGUGGUCCUCACCAGCAGCCACACGGGGGGCGUGGCAGAGGACAUUGCUUACAUCCUCAAGCAGAUGCGCAGGGCCAUUGUGGUGGGUGAGCGCACAGUUGGGGGUGCUCUGGACCUCCAGAAGCUGAGGAUCGGCCAGUCGGAUUUCUUCUUCACUGUGCCAGUGUCCAGGUCUCUGGGGGCCUUGGGCGGGGGCACUCAAACAUGGGAAGGCAGUGGGGUGCUACCCUGUGUGGGGACGCUGGCGGAGCAGGCCCUGGAGAAAGCCCUGGCCAUCCUCAAACUGCGCCGUGUCCUGCCUGGAGUGCUCCGUCGCUUGCAGGAGGUGCUGCAGGACUACUACACGCUGGUGGACCGUGUUCCCGCACUGCUGCAUCACCUGGCUGGCAUGGACUUCUCUGCUGUGGUCUCUGAGGAGGAUCUGGUCACCAAGCUCAACACUGGCCUGCAGGCUGUGUCAGAGGACCCCAGGCUUCUGGUUCGGACAGUGAGACCCAAGGAAAACUCUGAUGGACCGGAGGCUGGUGUCGAUGAGCCACCAGAGGUGUCACCAGCUGUGCCCAAGGACGAGGCUGCCCGGCAGGCCCUGGUGGACUCCAUGUUCCAGGUGUCUGUGCUAUCGGGCAACGUGGGCUAUCUGCGCUUUGACCAGUGCAUGCACGCCUCAGUGCUGGAGGCACUGGGCCCCUAUAUCCUGCGACAGGUGUGGGAACCCCUCAGGGACACUGAACAUCUCAUAGUGGACCUGCGUCAGAACCCUGGGGGGGCCUCCUCCUCCGUGCCUCUGCUGCUUUCCUACUUCCAGCCUCGGGACACUGGCCCAGUGCACCUCUUCACCACCUAUGACCGGCGCACCAACAUCACCCAGGAGCACUUCAGCCACACAGAGCUGCUGGGCCAGCACUACAGCACCCGGAGUGGGGUGUACCUUCUCACCAGCCACCGCACGGCCACUGCGGCUGAGGAGCUUGCCUUCCUCAUGCAGUCUCUGGGCUGGGCCACUCUGGUGGGCGAGAUCACAGCGGGGAGCCUACUGCACACACUCACAGUGCCCCUGCUGGAGACCCCAGAGGGCAGCCUGGCACUCACUGUGCCCGUGCUCACCUUCAUUGACAACCAUGGCGAAUGCUGGCUGGGUGGUGGCGUGGUGCCUGAUGCCAUCGUGUUGGCUGAGGAAGCCCUGGACAGGGCCCAGGAGGUGCUGGAGUUCCACCGCAGCCUGGGAGCUUUGGUGGAGGGCACUGGACACCUGCUAGAGGCCCACUAUGCUCGGCCAGAGGUGGUGGGGCAGACCAGUGCCCUGCUGCAGGCCAAGCUGGCCCAAGGGGCUUACCGCACAGCCGUGGACCUGGAGUCUCUGGCCUCCCAGCUGACUGCUGACCUGCAGGAGAUGUCAGGGGACCACCGUCUACUCAUGUUCCACAGCCCUGAUGAGCUGGCAGCAGAAGAGGUACCCGCCGCCCCUCCCAUGGUGCCCUCCCCCGAGGAACUCUCCUACCUUAUCGAGGCCCUGUUCAAGACAGAGGUGCUGCCUGGCCAGUUGGGUUACCUGCGUUUUGAUGCCAUGGCCGAGCUAGAGACAGUGAAGGCCAUUGGGCCACAGCUGGUGCAGCUGGUAUGGCAGAAGCUGGUGGACACUACUGCUCUCAUUGUUGACUUGCGUUACAACCCAGGCAGCUACUCCACCGCCAUUCCCCUGCUCUGUUCCUACUUCUUUGAGGCUGAGCCCCGCCAGCACCUCUACUCUGUCUUUGACAGGGCCACCUCCAGCAUCACAGAGGUGUGGACUCUGCCCCUGGUGACAGGCCGGCGCUAUGGUCCCCAGAAAGACCUCUACAUCCUGAUGAGCCAUACCAGCGGAUCUGCCGCAGAGGCGUUUGCUCACACCAUGCAGGACCUGCAUCGGGCCACAGUUAUCGGGGAACCCACGGCUGGAGGGGCACUCUCUGUGGGCAUCUACCAGGUGGACAGCAGCUCACUGUAUGCCUCUAUGCCCACGCAGAUGGCCCUGAGUGCCAACACAGGGGAGACCUGGGACCUGGCUGGGGUAGAGCCUGACGUAACUGUGCCCAUGAGUGAAGCUCUGUCCAUAGCUCAGGAUAUAGUGGCCCUGCGUGCCAAGGUGCCCACCGUACUGCAGACAGCUGGAAAGCUGGUAGCUGAUAACUAUGCCUCUCCUGAGCUGGGAGCCAAGAUGGCUGCCAAACUGAGCCGUCUGCAGAGCCACUAUGCCAGGGUGAACUCAGAAGGGGCCUUGGCAGAGAUGCUGGGAGCUGACUUGCAGGUGCUGUCUGGGGACCCACACUUGAAGACUGCUCAUAUCCCUGAAGAUGCCAAGGAUCGAAUUCCUGGGAUCGUGCCUAUGCAGAUCCCUUCUCCUGAAGUCUUUGAAGACCUGAUCAAGUUUUCCUUCCACACAAACGUGCUGGAGGACAAUAUCGGCUACCUGAGGUUUGACAUGUUUGGAGACUGUGAGCUGCUCACGCAGGUCUCGGAGUUGCUGGUGGAGCAUGUCUGGAAGAAGAUCGUGCACACAGAUGCUAUGAUCAUUGACAUGAGGUUCAAUAUAGGUGGCCCCACCUCUUCCAUCUCUGCUCUGUGCUCUUAUUUCUUUGAUGAAGGCCCUCCAGUUCUGCUAGACAAAAUCUACAAUCGGCCUAAUGACUCUGUCAGUGAGAUUUGGACCCACACCCAGAUAACAGGUGAGCGAUAUGGCUCCAAGAAGAAUGUGGUCAUUCUGACCAGUGGUGUGACAGCUGGUGCUGCUGAAGAGUUUACCUACAUCAUGAAGAGGCUGGGCCGUGCACUGGUCAUCGGGGAGGUGACCAGUGGGGGCUGCCAGCCACCACAAACCUACCACGUGGAUGACACCCACCUCUACAUCACCAUCCCCACAGCCCGUUCAGUGGGGGCUAGUGACGGCAGUUCCUGGGAGGGGGUUGGUGUGGCACCCCAUGUAAUGGUCCCUGCUGAAGCAGCCCUAUCCAGAGCCAAGGAGAUGCUCCAGAACGUUCAGCUGAGGGUGAAGCGGAAUCUAGCCCAGCAGGGCCACUGGGAAAGCAUCCAGGGGCACAGCUCUGGAGUGGGUGGGGUCACUGAGCUGAACAUCAAGGGUGCCUGAGGUACAUGGUGCCUGAGGUUGCUCUUUUCCCCCACAAGGGACCUGCUAAGUCCUGACUAGACUUAAAGUGGGAGAUACACUUGG